GUUAUUUAAAUGCUCACAUGGUCUCUUCCUGUGAAUGAGGUAAAAGAGCGAACAUGGCGGCGUGAAACUGUACAAACAGGCUCGGAUGGAGGAGCGAUUAAUUGAGACAGCUCGCACGUGUAAUGUUGAUUUCUCCACCGCGAACAAGGAGCUGUUGUGAAUGUUUUAGUUCCACGCCGUUUAGAAGAAGAGAAGUGUAGAGGGGAAACACUAGGUUGGACUAAACCAUCGCUUGAAAACAAUAAAAGGCUCGAAGAGAAAGUGGGCUGAAAUGAACGGGGACGUCAUAUGCAAUGGCCAUUCGCCAUUUCACCACCUUCUAAAACACAGCAGAUCAAAGUCACCACAUCAUGAAGCAAUCUCAGUUAAAAUCAUCAAAGACGGAAAAACAUCACGACUAUUCUGCACGAAAAAUGAGCCACAGAAGAAUGGAGAACCCAGAAGACCCAAUACUGUAAACGGUGAGUUCAUCCUCCCAAAGAUGGCUGUGAGCGAAGAUCUGCACAGAGCAGAAGAGCAGACGCACCAACUACACUGUACAGCAUCAUACAUCCACACAAACAGUGACAUCACUCGUCCUGACCAGAGGAAAAAAACCUGUCGGAAAAUUAAAGUCAAGAAGUCCAAACAGCGAAAUUCUGAGAUCAAGAGUCCUCAAAACCGUAAGGUUACAGAUUAUUAUCCCAUCAGGAGAAGUUCAAGGAAAAGCAAAAGUGAACUUAAGUGUGAAGAGAAGCUGCACAUAGACAUGCUGAUUAAGAACGGGAUCGAGAACGGAAUGAUGAUCAGGUACAUUGAAGGAAAGGGCAGAGGGGUUUUUGCCACCCAGAAGUUUCAGAAAGGGCAGUACGUAGUCGAGUAUCAUGGAGAUCUGCUGCAGAUUACCGAUGCCAAAAAAAGGGAGGCUUUAUACGCACAAGAUCCAACCACUGGCUGCUACAUGUAUUACUUCCAAUAUCUCAGCAAAACAUAUUGUGUGGAUGCUACUAAAGAGUCUGAUCGUUUGGGAAGACUUAUCAACCACAGUAAAAACGGCAACUGUCAGACCAAACUCCAUGACAUUAAUGGAAUACCUCACCUUAUCCUCGUGGCCUCCAGAGAUAUCCAGGAAGGAGAGGAACUCCUUUACGAUUACGGUGACAGAAGUAAAGCCUCAAUAGAAGCUCACCCCUGGCUAAAACAUUAAUGGAUUUCGGAGGAGGGAAAAACACCUUGUUUCUUAACUAGACCGUUUUUAAUGUAAUUAUUGCCUUAGUAAACAGAGAAUGUUAUGGGGUAGGAUGUUUGUGGGUUUGUUACACAGCGACUCGCAACGCAUCAAACACGUUAGAUUGCGGUACAUAUUCAACGUCUCUUUUAAGAUAUUUAUCCUGCUCGAUGACAUGCUAGUUUCCAGGACAUUUCUUUUUGUAUAUUUUAUAUAUUGGUAGAUCAGUGCUUCCAAAGCAUGCAGUUAUAGUCCAACUUUCUGCAUUUUUAUAAAGAGUUUUCUUAAUCUAAUGUGUGGUAGUUAGAGGCUUAGCAAUAAUUAUUUAUAAUGCCCAAACGUUUAUGUUUGAAGCAGAAAGCCAGUGACGCUAAAAGGAGCAAAAUUUUAAAGGGUUCAGAAAACUGGAACGUAAAACCAAAUUUUGAUAUUAUUUGAAAUGUUACCGUUGUACUAUGCUGUGUGUUAUGUAAUAAACCUGAACAAAGCUGUGUCUGUUACACAACAUCCAACUGGGUGUUGAUGACCAAAAGCUCCAACCGAGAGUAUCUCAAUUAAUUUGUCUGAGAUGGUAGAUGCAUUGUUUGAAUAAAUGAUUUUAUGCAAGUGC